GUCGUUCUUGCAUCCCUUACUAGUCGUUGCCGCCUUCUUCGUGCGAAGGAGGGAAAAAGGAGACACGGGAGAGAGUGAGAGUGCCUCCAUUUCUAGGGUUCCGCAGAGAUGGUGUACCAGUUCCAGCCCUAUGGCAUCCAGGCGAUGCUCAAGGAAGGCCACAGGCACCUUUCGGGGCUCGACGAGGCCGUCCUCAAGAACAUCGACGCCUGCAAGCAGCUUUCCACCAUUACUCGAACCUCUCUUGGUCCUAAUGGCAUGAAUAAAAUGGUUAUUAAUCAUUUGGACAAGCUUUUUAUUACAAAUGAUGCUGCAACAAUUGUGAAUGAACUUGAGGUUCAACAUCCUGCUGCAAAGAUUCUAGUCUUGGCUGGAAAAGCACAACAAGAGGAAAUAGGUGAUGGGGCAAAUCUUACAAUAUCAUUUGCUGGGGAGCUUCUCCAGAAUGCGGAGGAGCUGAUCCGAACAGGAUUACAUCCUAGUGAAAUCAUUAGUGGCUAUACUAAAGCUAUUGAUAAGACAGUUGAAGUUCUGAAUGAGUUGGUUGAGAAAGGUUCAGAAACAAUGAAUGUGCGAAACAAGGAUGAAGUUGUUUCUCGAAUUAAAGCUGCUGUUGCUAGCAAGCAAUUUGGUCAGGAGGAUGUGUUAUCCCCACUCAUUGCUGACGCAUGCAUCCAGGUUUGCCCCAAGAACCCGGUGAAUUUUAAUGUGGAUAACGUUCGAGUUGCAAAGCUUGUUGGUGGAGGUUUGCACAAUAGCACUGUUGUCCGUGGCAUGGUUUUAAAGAAUGAUGCUGUUGGAACCAUCAAAAGAAUUGAAAAAGCUAAAGUUGCAGUUUUCUCUGGAGGUGUAGACACAUCUGCGACUGAAACAAAAGGAACUGUUCUUAUUCGAAGUGCUGAGCAGUUAGAGAGCUAUGCAAAAACUGAGGAAGCUAAAGUUGAAGAGCUCAUUAAAUCAGUUGCUGAUUCUGGUGCCAAAGUUAUUGUUAGUGGUGCAGCAGUUGGAGAUAUGGCAUUGCAUUUCUGUGAACGUUACAAGCUCAUGGUUCUGAAAAUAAGCUCAAAAUUUGAACUCAGGAGAUUUUGCCGUACGACUGGUGCUGUAGCACUUUUGAAGCUUAGCAAGCCAAAUGCAGAUGAACUAGGAUAUGCUGACUCAGUUUCUGUUGAAGAAAUUGGUGGUACACGGGUUACUAUUGUGAAAAAUGAAGAGGGUGGAAAUUUCGUUUCAACGGUUGUGUUGCGAGGAAGUACCGAGAGCAUCUUGGACGAUCUUGAAAGAGCAGUGGAUGAUGGUGUGAAUACAUAUAAGGCAAUGUGCAGGGAUAGUCGCAUUGUUCCAGGGGCUGCAGCUACUGAAAUUGAGUUGGCGAGAAGAAUAAAGGAGUUUUCUUUUAAAGAAACUGGGUUGGAUCAAUAUGCCAUCGCAAAAUUUGCAGAAAGCUUUGAAAUGGUUCCUAAGACCUUGGCUGAGAAUGGUGGACUCAACGCAAUGGAGAUUAUUUCUUCUCUUUAUGCUGAGCAUGCAGCUGGAAAUGUCAGAGUGGGAAUUGACCUGGAGGACGGUGCUUGCAGAGAUAUAGCAGCCAGGAACAUUUGGGACCUUUAUGUCACAAAGUUCUUUGCUCUCAAAUUUGCGGCUGAUGCUGCCUGCACGGUUCUUAGGGUUGACCAGAUAAUAAUGGCAAAACAAGCUGGUGGCCCGAAGAGAGAUGCACCUGCUGCCAUGGAUGAGGAUUGAUUGUUGUUGUGAGUUAUCCGUUCAUUGAGUUAUUUUGACAGAGUUGAUUGAGACGCAAUUGAAGGUUUUCCGGAGGAGGCCCACCUUCUAUGUUUGUGUAAAAUUUUUUUGGUGUUGUGUUCCUCACAGCUUUAGGAGUUUGCUUAGUACUUCAGGUCUUGAUAAAUUUUGGCUUCACUUGAUCUAUAAUUCACUUAAAGUGAUUGUCGUUUAUAUGUUA